AUGUAAGAAUCAGUAUCAGCUUAUUUGAAAACUGAACCAGAUUCAAUUAAGGAUCAUCCACCAAGUAAAUUUAAGCCAAAUAUUAUGCAAAAUAAUCAACGAAUUAUCAAUUGUAAGAAAGUCACAUACUUGAAUAUUAAAAAAUAAACUUAAUCAAACCAAAAAGAUGCAUGGAAAUAAAUGUUUGGCAAUUUUCUACAUGAUAUAAGUUUAAAGUAAAAAAAGAAACACUUUGCACCAGAUGCCAAAGAAGUACAUUAAUUAAUAUUAUUAUAGCACCUUUAAGAUCCAUUAGUAAAUGAAAUUCCUAUUCUACUUCCUUGCACUAAUAAACAAUUCAAGUUAGAGUUCUAUAAAUAUCUUGAAGGAGAAUAAUCUAUAUAAGAAUUAAUGAAAACCAUUAAUUUUCCUCAUGUUCAUGCUGUAUGUCAAUCUAAUCUAUUCUAAAAUAGUAGUAAAUUGAGGACUCUAAAAGUCAUAAGAGAAAAUUGUCAAUUGUUCAAAAAAUCAAAAAAUUUAAGAAUCAUGGAUACACUAAAACUAAUGACUUUACUCCUUUAUUAGAUAUCAAUAGUUCUACGAGAUAACUUAAAGCACAUUAAAUACGUCUAGUUGAUUAAAGAAGAUUUACUGAAGCUGGAAAAUUAUUGGACAUCUUUAAGACCAAAAUAAACAAAAAGAUUUAGGUUUUAAGAGAUUUUGUUUAAUCAAGAGUAUUUUUUAAUUCUAUUUUUUUAGAUUGAUUUACGUAAAUCUUUAAAUAAAGAAUAAAGAGAAGAAGAAAUACGAAAUAUUCAUUUUAUUAAAACUUUCUUUGAUAUCACUAAUGAUUAUAAUUAACAUAUUUAAUAACAAUAAGAUGAACUUAAAGAUGAUGCUCAAUUUUAUAAAAAAUUAGUACCUUGCUAACGAAAAUUAAAAUAAUUACUAGUAAAUUAUGAUAAUGUAUAACCAAUCAUUAAACAUUAAGAAAAACAUUUUGAUAAAUUUGAUUAUCCUUCAUUAGGUAUAUUAAAAAAUUAAAUGAAUUAAUAUUCUAAAGAUUAUUUAGUAGAAUUAGAAGAAUAAAAAUAAAUUUAAUUUAAAUUAGCUUUAAAUUAAGUAAGAAAGCUUCUGGAAUAACAGAAUAUUAAAUUUUAAUCUGAAUUAAGAAAAUCCAAAAUUAAAAGUAAUUAGAAUUCUAAAUCUUAAUCUCCCCUCCUAAUAAAAUAACAAUAAGAUUAUUUAUUUCAAAAUAAUGCUAAAUUAUCUGCUGAUUGCGCAUUAGAUGUUGUUGUAGCUAGUCCUAAACACCAUCGUAACUAAUAUCAAUCAGUUUGUCAAUUAAAGGAUAGUAUUUCUGAUCCUAGAAAAAGAAAGUAAUAUAUUAUUACUAAAAAACCAUUUUACCUUUUUACAAAACAAAUAGAGGGAAAUAAAAAUUAAAAAAAUUCAAAAGGGUUAAUUACAAAUUAUGAUGUUAAGCUUUAUGAUUAUAUUCACAAUAGAAAUAUAUAUACAUUAAAUAAGCAGUAUUAUUAAAAAUAUAUUAUAGAGUUAAAGAAAUGACUUAGAAAUUUCAUACGAUGGUUGAAAGUGAAUAUGAAUAACAAUUAAAUCAAAAAUUAGAAACACAUUUAAAUCAAUUAAAAAAUAGAAAAUUGAAAUUACGUUAACAUGGAUCUUUAGAAGCAUAAAAAAGAGUAUAAACUGAAAGAUAAUAAGAUGAAAUUUCAGAUGAUUAAUCAUUAUAAUCAAUAUAUGAAGUAAAUCUUGAUGUUUUGUAUGAUUAAUCUAAUCAAUUAACAAAAAAGUUAAGAGAAAAAAAUGAUGCAGGAUUUGCUAAAAGAAUAAAAUAACUAAUAAAAUUAGAGGAAGUGAAUUCGUAAAGAUAAAUUAUUAAUAUUUAGAUAAUGCCUUAAAACAAAUUUAUAGAAGUUGAAUAAAUCUUAGAAUUCUUUAAACAAUUGA